UUAAGCAUGGUGUAGCCCACACCCAACUAAACCAUGACAAAGACGUGUGCAACCCAUGAUAUUGUUGAGGAAGCAGCAACAUCAUAAGACACAGGCAUAGAAUAGAGAAGAGAAGUGAAGAGAAGCUGCAAGUGCUAGCAAACACCUUUGUUAAAAAAAUGAGCCUUGGAAGUAGAGGGAAAUUGAAAGACACAAGUUUCUCAACAUCAGCUGAAAGCAACAUGAACACCAACACUGCCAUCAAUAGGGACAAGGCACUUGCUCAGUACAGUGCAGAUGCUAAGAUUCUGGCUGAGUUUGAGCAAUCUGGUGUUUCUGGCAAAUCAUUUGAUUACUCAAGGUCGGUUCUUGAUCCUCCCAGGUUAGUGUCCGAGGAGAAAAUGACUACAUAUUUGUCUAAAAUCCAAAGGGGUGGUCUCAUCCAACCCUUUGGUUGUAUGCUUGCAAUUGAGGAAUCCACUUUUAAAAUCAUUGGAUACAGUGAAAAUUGCUUUCAAUUGUUGGGUUUAGAGAGGAAAACUGAUUCAGGACAGUUCACGGGUUUGAUUGGGGUUGAUGCCACAACCCUCUUCACUCCUGCUUCUGGGGCUUCCCUUGCAAAAGCUGUGGCUUCAAGGGAAAUUUCGCUUUUGAACCCGAUUUGGGUCUUUGCAAGGACAACCCAGAAGCCAUUUUAUGCCAUACUGCACAGGAUUGAUGUUGGGGUUGUCAUUGAUUUGGAGCCUGCAAGGUCAAGUGAUCCUGCAUUAUCACUUGCUGGGGCAGUUCAGUCACAGAAGUUGGCUGUUAGAGCAAUUUCAAGGCUCCAAUCUCUUCCUGGGGAAGAUAUUGGUUUGUUGUGUGACACUGUUGUUGAGGAAGUGCAGAAGCUUACAGGGUAUGACAGGGUUAUGGUUUAUAAGUUCCAUGAGGAUGAUCAUGGUGAGGUUGUAUCUGAGAUUAGGAGGUCAGAUUUAGAGCCUUACUUGGGUUUGCAUUAUCCUGCCACAGAUAUCCCUCAAGCUGCUCGCUUCUUGUUCAAGCAAAACCGGGUCAGGAUAAUUUGUGAUUGCCAUUCAAAGCCUGUUAAGGUCAUUCAGAGUGAAGAGUUAAGGCAACCUCUUUGCUUGGUCAAUUCAACCCUUAGGUCACCGCAUGGUUGUCACAAACAGUACAUGGCUAAUAUGGGCUCAAUUGCCUCUCUGGUGAUGGCAGUUAUAGUCAAUGGAAAUGAUACGACAAGGCUUUGGGGUUUGCUAGUUUGUCAUCACACUUCACCGCGCUAUCUUCCUUUUCCAGUUCGGUAUGCUUGUGAGUUCCUUAUGCAGGCUUUUGGACUCCAGCUUUACAUGGAGAUUCAAUUGGCAUCACAGAUGGCAGAGAAGAGAAUUCUUAAAACACAAACCUUACUGUGUGACAUGCUCCUACGUGAUGCACCGUUUGGCAUUGUGACCCAAUCCCCAAGUAUCAUGGAUCUUGUGAAGUGUGAUGGGGCAGCCUUGUAUUAUGAUGGAAACUGUUGGUUGUUAGGCACAACCCCAACUGAAUCACAGGUGAAAGAUAUUGCAGAAUGGCUACUUAAUAAUCAUGGGGACUCAACAGGUUUGACCACAGAUAGUUUGGCUGAUGCAGGUUAUCCAGGUGCUGCUUCACUGGGGGAUGCAGUUUGUGGCAUGGCCACAGCAAGAAUCAAUUCAAGACAUUUCUUGUUCUGGUUCAGGUCGCACACAGCUAAGGAAAUGAAAUGGGGAGGAGCCAAGCAUCAUCCGGAGGAUAAGGAUGAUGGAGGAAAAUUGAACCCUAGAUCAUCAUUUAAAGCUUUUCUUGAAGUAGUCAAAAGCAAAAGUUUGCCUUGGGAAGUGUCAGAAAUCAAUGCUAUUCACUCAUUACAACUAAUAAUGAGAGAUUCAUUCCAAGACACUGAAAACGCUGGCCCAAAGACUCUAAAUUAUAUACAUAAAAAUGACACUGCAAUGGGAGGGAUGGAUGAACUCAGUUCAGUAGCAUUUGAAAUGGUGAGAUUAAUCGAGACCGCAACAGUUCCAAUUUUUGGGGUUGAUUCAGGUGGCCUAAUCAAUGGAUGGAAUGCAAAAAUUGCAGAAUUGACAGGUCUGCAGGCCAGUGAAGCUAUGGGUAAAUCCCUAGUAAAUGAAGUAGUACAUGAGGACUCACAUGAAACAAUUAAAAACAUUCUAAGCAGAGCCAUGCAAGGCCAGGAGGACAAAAAUGUUGAGUUGAAAAUAAAACAAUUUGGGUUUCAUCAACCAAAGGAAGUUGUGUAUAUCAUGGCCAAUGCCUGCACUAGUAGGGACUACACAAAUGCUAUUGUUGGGGUAUGCUUCGUAGGUCAGGACAUCACUUAUGAGAAAGUUGUUCUAGAUAAAUUCAUUAAGUUGGAAGGUGAUUACAAAGCUAUCAUACAGAGUCUCAAUCCACUGAUUCCACCCAUAUUUGCUUCUGAUGAGAAUGCUUGCUGCUCUGAAUGGAAUGCAGCCAUGGAAAGGCUAACUGGUUGGAAGAAAGAUGAAAUCUUAGGAAAAAUGCUUCCUGGCGAAAUCUUUGGAAGUUUUUGUCGAUUGAAAGGUCAAGAUACACUGACUAAUUUUAUGAUUAUGCUGUAUCGUGGAAUGAGUGGUCAAGAUUUGGAGAAGUUUCCAUUUGGAUUUUUUGAUAGAAAUGGAAAAUUUAUAGAGGCUUAUAUAACAGCAAACAAGAGGAUUGAUGCAGGUGGGAAUAUGAUUGGCUGUUUCUGCUUCUUGCAGAUUGUAUCGACAGAUUUGAAUCAGCCCUCUGAUGGACACAGGCCUCAGAGCCGAGAAAGCAUAUCUGAAUCUAAGGAGUUGGCUUAUAUACGACAAGAGAUGAAGAAUCCUUUAAAUGGUAUACGAUUCACACACAAACUUUUGGAAGAUACAGCUGUCUCAGAAAACCAGAAACAAUUUCUUGACACUAGUAAUGCAUGUGAAAGACAGAUCAUGGCAAUUAUUGGGGAUACAGAUUUAGGAAGUAUUAAUGAAGGCACUUUGCAGCUAAACAUGGAAGAAUUUCUUCUGGGAAAUAUUUUAGAUGCCAUUGUCAGUCAAGUCAUGAUCUUGAUAAGAGAAAAAAGCUUGCAGCUGUUUCAUGAAAUUCCUGAUGAAAUCAAAACACUUGUUCUAUAUGGUGAUCAAAUUAAGCUUCAGGUGGUCUUGUCUGACUUUUUGCUUAAUGUAGUCGGCCAUACACCAUCUCCAAAUGGCUGGGUAGAAAUCAAGAUUUCACCUGGUUUAAAGAUAAUACAGGAUGGCAAUGAAUUUGUCCAUCUGAAGUUCAGGUACAAACACCAAUAUUUCAUUUUACCAUAUUUUUCAUGCAGAAUGACACAUUCUGGUCAAGGUCUUCCUUCCACUGUUCUUCAUGAUAUGUUUGAAGGAGAGAAUCAAUGGACUACACAGGAAGGUCUAGGGCUAUAUAUGUCCAGGAAAAUCCUAAGUAAGAUGAAUGGUCAUGUUCAGUAUGUAAGAGAACACAAUAAGUGCUAUUUCCUCAUUGAUCUUGAACUUAGAACAAGAAAAGAAAGGCAAAGAAAUUUGCAAGCAGAGACAAGCAUGUUAACUUUCUUCUCUUGAUGCUCCUACAUGUGGAAGGGGUGAGGAGGGUCAUCAGUAAGUCUCUGAUCUAGGUUUGAAGCUUGACAGACAUAUCAAGUGCUUAUUUCAACACUUGGAUCAAUCUAUCAUAUCUUAAAGGAAAUUUAUGCCUGGGAGAUUUUUAGCCAUUAUAUAUGUCUCUAUUGCGGCUUAAAAAUACUACAAUAACUCUUACAGUUUAAUAUUGUAUCCCCCUUCAUCAAA